AAAUGCGCUGGAGUUUUACAACGUUUACAUGAAGUCCUGCGACGGAAUGUCAGACAUGACCUUCACAUCGCCACCUUGAUAUGAAUCAUGCUCUACGAGGAGUAGUCAAAAAAAUAUUUCGAAAGUUUCCAUAGUUUUAGGUAAACGAAGUGUUGAGGGGUAAUAAAAAAAGCCAUGACAACACUUGUGACAUCAAUAAUUUUUUGCACUCGUCACGUUUGAGACUUGCUACCUUAUUCCCCAAGUACACUUUCUGACAAAGCUACUGAAAUGAAUCCCUGUAAAUUAAAAGAACCUAAAGUGAUAAACAACGCCUUGCUUGAAAAGUGUGUGCAGGAACAAGGCCCUAAAGGAGAAGCCGGUCGUUUGGCUCAAAUUGAAAAAGUACCACUUGAAGAAGUUCCACAAAUCAGACUAGAGUUUUUAAAUAUACUACGAAUUGACCACUUGUGGGUACUUACGUCUCUAACAAAGUUAAAUCUUAACAAUAAUUUGAUCGAAAAAAUUGAGAAUUUGGAAACACUGGUACAUUUAGUUGAACUGAACCUAUCGUUCAACAAGAUAUCAAAAAUUGAAAACUUAGACGAACUUGCGAAUCUCGAAAAACUUAGUUUCUAUGAUAACGAAAUCGAAGUACUCGAGAACAUGGAUUUUUUGACAAAACUGACGGUCUUCAGCAUUGGAAGAAACAAAAUCGCAGAACUUGAAAAUGUUCUUUACUUACGACAAUUCUCUAAUCUCAAAUGUUUAAAUAUGGUGCAAAAUCCCUGCUCUGAAACGGAAGAUUUCCGUUUAUUUAUCGCAGCCUUCCUCCCUCACCUAGUUUACUAUGAAUAUAAACUGAUUUAUGACAUGGAACGGGAACUGGGACAGGAGAUUUUUGGUUCAAAAUUACGACAAUUAUUAGAAAGCGAAGAACGAGAAAGAGAAGCGAGGAUGCAAAUAGACAAAGAGAUAGCCGACGCCGCACUGCAUGCUUCAAGUUUUGUUGAAUAUUUAAACACUCAUCAUUUGUUUGACAGUUUGUUCCUCAACGACGACGACGGAAAACAUCUACUUCUGAUAGAAGACGCGAAAGACUUUUAUGACGAAUACGAAGAACAGUUCUUAGCUCUAUGUAUGCAAAUUUUCGAGAACGGUCAGGAACAGUACCGUUUACGAACAGACGAGAUCGAUCAAUUUAUGAAAUGUGUCGAGGAUGCUCAAACAAGCAACCAACAGGAGAGCAUAAAACAUAUGGAAGUUUUCAUAGAACAGAAGGCGGAAGUGUUUUACAAGAUAAAAGGGAUUCAGAAACUGUUGAACAACAACGAAAUAACCUAUGAAGAAUUUAUUGAUAAAUGUGACGUUUUAGUGUUGGAAUAUGACAAACUAUUGCACGAUAUAUGGAAAGCGCUUAUGAAACUGGAGCUGGAACUUUAUGAACAAAUGGAAGAAGUCAAUCAAACGUUUGAACAAAGUAUAACGGAACUUGUUAAUCAGUUUAUUGAAUCCUCGCAAGGUUACUUUUCCCAAAUUCGAGACUUGGAAGUUAGCUACGCUGAGAAUAUUGGAGAUCUUGCUUUGAAGUUUCAAACGAACGCUACCUUAAGUGAAGAAAUCGUCGUUCCUGAGAUCCUUAAGCCGAUAAUGAGCGAUAAGGAUGCUUUACAUAAUUCACUAGCAACAAGUCAUGACGUGCACAUGCAAAUUAUAGAUGCUCGUGAAGAUACUUUGAGUGGUAAUGCCAGAGACUGGUUGGAGGAUCUAAUUGACAAUUUAAUGAAAAAUGAAGUAAAACGAAAUAGGGGUAAAAUAUUGGAAAUAAACCAUUUUCUUGACAUACAACGAGAAGAAUUUGACGAUCUAAACGCCGAAUACGCACCAGAACCUGAAGAAGUUGCCUCAGCAGAUUAAUACCUCAUCAAAUAAAUAUUACUUAGUUUUAACUAUCAAUAAAAGGUAUUUACUCUUUUAACAUUUGUAUUUCGUA